GUGGCAAGAUGGGAUCUGCCUCCUCAACUUACCGGCCCAAGUGUAUUUAUUUGGAUAUUGAUGGAAGAAUUCAAAAGGUGAUCUUUAGUAAAUACUGUAACUCCAAAGAUAUUAUGGAUCUCUUCUGCAUCGCAACGGGAUUACCAAGGAACACAACCAUCUCCCUUUUGACAGUGGACAAUUGCAUGGUAUCCAUUGAUCCAACAAUGCCCACAAACUCAGAGAGGUCUCCAUACAAAGUAAUACCUGUUGCCACUGGGCAACUCUCAGAGAAAGAAGAAUUGCUUCAGAAUUUAUUGGGACAAAUUGCAGAGCAAUUCUCAAGGGUUUUUAAAAUCAAUGAAAUGAAAACGGAAGUAGCUAAUCACUUGGCAAUGCUGGAGAAAAAAGUUGAAUUGGAAGGCCUGAAAGUAGUGGAGAUUGAGAAAUGCAAGAGCGACAUUAAAAAGAUGAGGGAGGAAAUGGCAGCAAGAAGCACCAGGACUAACUGUCCCUGCAAGUACAGCUUUUUGGAUGAAAACAAGAGGCCAGCUCCACGUCGGGAUGUACCCUCCUACCCAAAGUACAUGCUCUCCCAAGAGACCAUCGAAGCUCUUCGGAAACCAACCUUUGACGUCUGGCUGUGGGAGCCCAAUGAGAUGCUGAGUUGUUUAGAACAUAUGUACCAUGAUCUCGGGCUGGUUAAAGACUUUAACAUCAAUCCCAUCACAUUAAAGAGGUGGCUGCUGUGUAUUCACGACAACUACAGGAAUAACCCCUUCCAUAACUUCCGGCACUGCUUCUGCGUGACCCAGAUGAUGUACAGCAUGAUCUCCCUCUGCAGCCUUCAGGAGAAAUUUUCCCAAAUUGACAUCUUGAUUCUUAUGACUGCUGCAGUAUGCCAUGACUUGGAUCACCCUGGUUAUAACAAUACCUAUCAGAUAAAUGCACGAACAGAGCUUGCAGUACGCUACAACGACAUCUCCCCACUGGAGAACCAUCACUGUGCUGUGGCUUUCCAGAUCAUAUCCCAGCCGGAAUACAACAUUUUCUCCAACGUGGACCAGGACCAGUUCAAACAGAUAAGACAGGGGAUAAUUACAUUAAUCCUGGCUACAGAUAUGGCAAGGCAUGAAGAAAUACUGGACUCUUUCAAGGAAAAAAUGGAAAAUUUUGAUUAUUCGAAUGAAGAACACAUGACCUGCCUGAAGAUGGUCCUGAUAAAAUGUUGUGAUAUCUCCAAUGAAGUCCGCCCAAUGGAAGUAGCGGAGCCCUGGGUGGACUGCUUGCUAGAGGAAUAUUUUAUGCAGAGCGACCGAGAAAAAUCUGAGGGGCUUCCAGUGGCACCUUUCAUGGAUCGUGAUAAAGUGACCAAACCAACGGCACAGAUUGGAUUCCUUAAAUUUGUUCUCAUCCCCAUGUUUGAGACAGUGACAAAGUUAUUCCCAGAAGUGGAGGAGGUGAUGCUCCAGCCUCUUUGGGAAUCCAGGGACCGCUAUGAGGAAUUAAAACAGAUAGACGAUGCUAUGAAAGAGCUGCAGAAAAAGAAAAGUGAAAGCUUGACCAGCGGAAGCACCGAAAAGUGA